CCUCCCUACGCUCGAGUCCGCGUCCUCUUUGAUCUGGCUGUACAGCGCUUACUCCUUCGCCUACUUUCCGUCCUUAUAAUUAUAUUUUUAAAUGUCAAGAACAUGCUUCAUUUCAUACGUCAUAUUUCCAUUAUUGUUUUUUAUUUUACUCGUUCACCCAUUAAUUUGCCAUUAAUAAACUUGAAAUCGGUAGUGAAAACAAAUACUACAUUUAAAUUGUAACCUAUUUAAUAUAAUUAUGAACUCUAAGGUUCAGGAAUAUUCCUAUUCCGAAGAAGAAAUUUUAGUAUACGCCGAAUUUGAUGAUAGUGUAAAUAUCGAUAAAUAUAGAAGUAUUCAUGUAUUAGGUAUUAAUGAAAGAGAACCAAUUAUUCAAGCAGAUGAUACUUUUUUCAAAGGUAAAUUUGUUAAUCCCCUGGGAACUCAUAUGUUUUUCGAAGAAAAUCUUCUAGCAAAAAGUGAAGAUCCAUUAUUUGAUAAACUUCCAGAAAAAAAUUUAAUGUAUGUUUUUAAAACAAAUAAAUCAUUAAACAUGGAACAUGCAUAUCUAAUUCCACGAGAAGGAGCAGGACAAAAUAUCAAAGGUGAAGCUGAGGUUCCUGAUGAAUUACCAACAGUAAAAUUUGCAUCUAUGGAAGAAGCUCUAACAGCAUUCAAACAUAUUUUAAAGCAGGAUGAUAAUGCAUCCAUAGAUGCUGAUGUUGUGACCCAGCUGGCUACAACAACUGUUUCAACUCCGACAAAAUCCAUAGAAACAACUCCACACACGCCUGUAGUGUCUAAUCAAAUAGAAAAUGAAUCUGAUGUUGCUAUGCAAACUUGAAUUAUGGCUAGUUCCAGUAGUAGGUAGGUAUAUUAAAAUAAUUGAAUGUUU